UGUGCGGCAAAAUCAGUCCUUGACUCCAUGGAAAGAUUUUUUGGUCUCUGUCUCUGAUUCCUGUCCUGCUCUCCGCGUCUCUGCCGUAUCAACGACCCCCCGGUACCGCUUUUAUCUUGGCCGCGAUGAAUAUCAUAGAAUGGGCGUUUGGAAAGCGCAUGACGCCUGCUGAGCGCCUGCGCAAGCAUCAGCGUGCUCUAGAACGGACACAGCGAGAGCUUGACCGAGAGCGGGUCAAGCUGGAGAAUCAAGAAAAGAAGCUGGUUCAAGACAUCAAGAAGAGCGCGAAGAAUGGACAAAUCGGUGCUUGCAAGAUCCAGGCGAAGGAUCUUGUCAGAACCAGGAGGUACAUCCACAAAUUCUAUUCUAUGCGAACACAAUUACAGGCAAUAUCUCUAAGAAUCCAGACGGUUCGGAGCAACGAACAAAUGAUGCAGUCGAUGAAGGGCGCUACCGCGCUUCUAGGAAGCAUGAAUAGGCAGAUGAACUUGCCAGCUCUGCAGCGAAUAGCCAUGGAGUUCGAACGUGAGAACGAAAUUAUGGACGAGCGUCAAGAGAUGAUGGAUGACGCUAUCGACGAAGCCACCGGUCUUGAAGACGAAGAGGAGAGCGAGGAUAUUGUAAAGGAGGUCCUUGACGAAAUCGGAGUGGAUCUUGGCCAGGCUCUUGGAGACACCCCGACUGGUAUUACCAAAGAGAGCGUAGGCGAGACUCGAGUGGCGCAAGCGAUUGGUAGUGGGUCUGGGGAGGACGAUGACCUUCAAGCCCGCUUUGACGGCCUUCGAAGGUGAUGCGGUGAUGCGAUAUAUACAUAUUGUGUCUACUAGUGAUGUCUGCUAUUUGGAGUCAGGGAGUUUGGGGGCUGCUGGACAUAGAAGCAUGGACCUUGCACCAUGUUCCAGCAUUACGAAAUUUGAAGACAAUAUCAUAUUGUGUUAUUGAGCGGAGCGCCGUGUUUAUGGAGAAUGAAAGUGUGCAAGCAGUAAUUAAAUUGAUUAAAU